GUCAGGUAGGCGCGUGCUAGCGAGGCGGAGCUUGCGGCUGGGGGCGGGGCCUCGGCGGUGGAAGGCGCAGCGGCUGCUUCACUGCUGUGACUCUGGACUGGAGCGCUGAGGCAUCUUCGCAGCCACCGCUACCCCGGCUGUACCUGGUCAGGUGGCAUUCACCAUCACUGUUUUCUUCUGUCACCUUGUCAUCAUCACAACCAUCACCAACAUCAUCAUCUCCUCCUCCAUUCAGAACUCUCUAGUUCUCCAAAGGCGGUCUCUGUUCCUCUAUGAUGAAGCAUCUCCAUGGCUGCCAAUUGAUCACCAUUUGCUAAAUCCAAGAGCUCAGCUAAGACAGAAUUUAUUAUGAAGUGCAGCCUCAUUGCCGGAGAGGACUGUCAGCUGCCUGCUCUGUCUAGCCACCAUCACAUGCCUCGCCCCUGGAGCUGACCACAGACCAGCAUCUCCACAGCAUGAAUAAUUAGGUAGGCAUAAUGGAAGGCACUCACUGCACCCUCCAGUUGCAUAACCCCAUCACUGAACUCUGCUAUAUCAGCUUCUAUCUUCCAAAGGGGGAAGUCAGAGGAUUUUCAUACAAGGGCACUGUAACUCUAGACAGAUCCAAUAACGCUUUUCAUAACUGCUACCAAGUCAGGGAGGGGCCAGACAUCACCAGCCUCAGCCAGCAGCCAAACGAACAUCCCGGCGACAUAUUUUUCAAACAGACUCCCACAAAAGACAUUCUGACAGAGCUAUACAAGCUCACAGCAGAGAGGGAGAAGCUGCUGGACAGUCUGCUGAGGUCAGACCACAUCCUGGGAAUUUCAAUGGGGAACCAGGAAGGGAGGUUGCAGGAGCUGCCAGUGAGCCUUGUGCCUGAGGAAGACUGCUUCCAGAGUGCUGGCAAUUGGAGCAGAGAGCUCGCUGUGAACUCCCUCAUUAGGAGGAGCACCCAAGGGAGCAAAAAGCCCCGGAGGUCUGGCAGGAGGAGAGAGAGCCCUGAGGAGCUCCGGCUGAAGAGAACCAGGAGGAAAGGGCGUGGCCGCCAGGAAUCAGCUCCUCAGAUGGGGAAGGACCAGGUCUGUUCCAGUAGCUCCCUUCCUCCUUCCCGGGUUAGGCCUAAUCUUCAGCUCCUAGAAGAAAGAGGAAACUUAGUUCCCCAGGGAACACUUACCUCUUCCCCACGGAGGAGGAGAGAGAGCUGCCCUGCCGACAUUCUCAGGACACCAGAUGCAGACCUGGGCUUCCGGAGCUCUGGGAGGACCUCAGAGGACACUGAUCUUGAAGGACCUCUGUCUCCUGACAGCAGCCCCACCGAGGUAGGAGAUGCUGGCAUAGGAAGGCAGCCCAAGAGUCCUCAGGAGCAGGAACCUCCAAGUUUGUCCGAAAGUCAUGAGAAACAUCCAGGGGCAGAGCGGGGCGGGACUCGGAAGUCAAAGUCAUUGGAAAGGACUUGCAGGAAGAAACCUGUUUCCACAGUGGUGGCCAAGGUCCAGGAGCUUUCUGCUCAAGUUCAAAGGGUAGUUAGGGCUCAUCCCGAUGGUGAGGAAAGGGUUGCCUUUUGCUCAGAGACCCAUACUGAGUUCAUCCCAAAAGCUGACUUGCUCAUCCUCUCAGGAGCUAACGAUGAGACUCAAAGUUCCAGGAGCCUAGGGGAGGAGCAGCAAGGGGUCAAGUCAUCGCAACCCUCAGCCACAGAAAGAGCCUCCAUUCCCAGUGAACCAGCCAGCACCGAGGGGGCUGUGAACAAGGUUCUCCGGAAGGUGAUAGAGAGUGAGAAGUUAGAUGAAGCCACCGAGGGGAAAAGACUAGGCUUCUCCCUCAACACAAGGGCCGCCCACACUCUCCCAGAAACUAGAAGCCAAAGGAAGGCUGGGCUACCCAAGAGUGGCCAUAAAUUCUUGCUUCUGGAUCUGCCCCACACUGUAGGUCCUGACUCCCCACAACCCAAAUGUGAUGAGAGGAAGCCAACCCCCCAAACACCAACAGCUCGCGGCAUGGUAUUUAAUAAUUCAUCGCCUCAGUCCAGCGCACACAAACGGCUGUCACCUGUUCCCUCGCCUCUGUCUCCAAGGUGCCCCAGCCCUCAGCGACACCACAGGAUCCUCCUGCUCCCUCCACUGCCUAGUGAAGGGGAAGCUGCUUUUAAUGAGUGCCCUGGUAGGAAGAACGGUCUCUCCUCUGGGUUCACCUCUGCUGUCACCUUGGAGCCAUCAUCUUCUACGAAGGUCACGGAGACCAAAGGAGGCAGCCCGACUUCCCUCAGAGCAAGCCAAACUUGGCUGGUAUCUGAGGAACCUUCAGAAAAAAGCUUGAGGCCAGAGAAGAUCACAGCUCUACCCCAGCACCAGCCACCACCAGCCUUCCACUGAGAUCUCAAGUAGUACUUUUAGUAACCAAUUAUAAAAAUCACAGGAUUUUUUAUAGAGAUCUCCUGUGCAUCUAAUCUUAUAUAAGGGCUUGGAAAGUGGGAGGAGAGUAGGAGUGGGAGCGACCUUGGUUUCUGUCUUAGAUAG